AACAAAAAAAACUCUCUCAUAGCUCUCAAACUUUGUCUUUGACCGAUUCCUUUUAAUUCGUUUUUAGGAUUUUGAAUUUAACCGGAAACAGUCACCUUUCUCCGGCGACAAUGGAGGUAAUCACUCAUCCUACCCCUCGAACUGUCGAAGAGGUCUUUACCGACUUCAGAGGUCGCCGUGCUGGUCUCAUUAAGGCUCUCACUACCGAUAUGGUGAAGUUUUACCAAACGUGCGAUCCUGAGAAAGAGAACUUGUGCCUCUAUGGACUUCCUAAUGAGACUUGGGAGGUUAAUCUUCCCGUUGAGGAAGUUCCUCCUGAGCUUCCUGAACCUGCUCUAGGGAUCAACUUCGCUAGAGAUGGGAUGCAAGAAAAGGAUUGGGUGUCUUUGGUCGCUGUUCACAGUGAUUCCUGGCUGCUUUCUGUUGCGUUUUACUUUGGUGCACGUUUUGGGUUUGGUAAGAAUGAGAGGAAGAAGCUCUUCCAGAUGAUAAACGAGCUCCCAACCAUUUUCGAGAUUGUGACAGGCAACGCAAAGCAAUCCAAGGAUCUAUCUGCUAACAACAACAGUAGCAAAACCAAAUCCAACGGCGUGAAGGUUCCAAAGAUGUCAUCUCCACCGCCUAAAGAAGAAGAUGAGAGUGAAGACGAGGACGAAGACGAUGAACAAGGUGCGGUGUGUGGCGCUUGUGGAGACAGUGACGGCACAGAUGAGUUCUGGAUUUGCUGUGACGCGUGUGAGAAAUGGUUCCAUGGGAAAUGUGUGAAGAUAACACCAGCAAAGGCAGAACACAUCAAGCAUUACAAAUGCCCAAGCUGCAGCAGUAACAAGAGAGCCAGGCCUUGAUGGUUAAGGUAAAACAACGGUAAAAGAGUUAGGAGGAAGGAGAAGGAAGUUCCCAGUUUAUUGAACAAAAAGACCAGAUAAAAUGGUUUUAGAAGAUGUAAGAAGGUUUCUUAAAAAUACGUUUUAUGUUUAAAAUUUGCUUAGUCUUUGUUUAUGGUUUGAGACUAUUUACGAUUUGGUGAUGUCGUUCUUUGUUUUUCUUUGGGUUCUUUCUUGUUGUUGUUGUUAAUGUCAAUGCUACUACUGAUUUGUCCUCUGCUUAACUCUGUUUAAUGUAUUGUUGUUUUCUCAAUAAUUU